UUUAUGUCGAGAAAGCUGAUAGUGGGGGCUGAAGGAAAUUAAUUGAAACAAGCGACUGAAUAAAAGAAAAUGUUCAAGCUAUUGUGGAGCUGAGAUAGCCAAAGUUGAAAAUCUCGAGAUAACGAUAUCAGUUGGCGGUGGCUUUGCGAGAAUGAUAGACAUUGCGAGCUCCAUGCAAGAAGAGAUUGUGUACAUGUGUUUUUGGACAACCGACCUUAUUGACUGCAAAACUACUUGACAGGAGCUCAAAACAGUCAUGAAUGAAAAACAAGAUUUAAUAAGUCUAAACGAACAAUUUGACGAUAUCGACACAAAUUCUGUAACCGAAGCAAUAUUUUUAGAACCUGGAGUUUACUAUCCCAAAAACAGGCCUCUUCACAGUCAAAAAUCGCGGACCAGACCAACCAAACAAACAAAGAGAUUCGUCUUCAAAAACGGUGACUUCAAUAUCGACAAAGGCAACACCAACCACCAAGGGUUCUUCUCAAGAUGGUUCGUCACCAUGGUAGAAGCGCGCUGGAGGUGGACCCUCGUCCAUUUCUUCUUAGCCUUUACUGGCGACUGGCUGUUCUUCGGCUUCAUUUACUGGAUCAUCGCGUUGGCACAUGGAGACCUGACUGAGGAUCACUUACCUCCAAACCAGAACGAAUCGAACUGGACACCUUGUGUUGAAAACAUUUAUGGGUUUACUUCAUCCUUCCUCUUCAGUGUCGAAGUCCACACGACCGUGGCUUAUGGGAAAAGAGCCAUAACUUUAGAAUGUCCUCAAACGAUCACUGCCAUGUGCUUCCAAUGUAUGGUCUGCUCAAUUUUCCAAGCAUUUAUGGUUGGGAUUCUUUUUGCAAAGCUGACGAGGCCAAAAGGUAGAACACAGACGAUUCUCUUUAGCAGACAAGCAGUUGUGACUUUGAGAGAUGGGAAGCUCUGCAUGAUAUUCAGAGUAGGAGACAUGAGGAAGUCAAGGAUACUCAAUAUCAAAGCGUCAGUGUUCGUCUUGAAACUAGGAGAUGACUACGAUGAGAAUUAUGAACAAACAGAAAUGCAAGUAGAAAUGGAUGGAUGUGAAUCAACAUUUUUCCUAUGGCCAGUGUCAGUUAUACAUGUGAUAGAUGAAAAGAGCCCUUUAUACAGCAUCUCUGCGGCUGAUUUGUUAGUUGGGAAGUUCGAGAUUUUAGCAGUUUUUGAAGGAGUAAUAGAAUCUACAGGGCAACAAGUACAAGCAAGGACGAGUUAUACAGAGUGCGAUAUUUUAUGGGGUCAUCGUUUCAUACAGAUGGUUAAACCUGAUACAAAGUCCAAUAUGUACGAUGUGGACUUUUCCAAAUUGUGUGAAACUGAGAGGAUUGAUACGCCAUUGUGUUCCGCCAGUGAAUAUAAGUCUAUGUUGUCGUUGUUUGAUUUAGAAACAUUUACUAAUUGAACUUGAAUAUUGUCAAGUUUUUUACUAGUCACUUAUUUAACUGAUAAUGUAGUGAUUUACAUUCUUGUUGAAACAGGGUGCCAUUUGCAUUUAUUUUUCGUGAAAAGUAUAAAUAGAGUUGGGCUGGCUACUAAUGUUAACCAAAUUUGGCUGAAUGGCAUUUUAAGCGAUUUUUUUUACUAAACAAAUCAUACUGUUAAUUUAAUUCGAUGAAUCGUUAUUAAUCCCUUGCAAAUUAAUGAUAACAUUUCUAAAAAAUAAAUAACAAUAAGCAAAUAAUUAUUUAGUUUUAUUGCAAGGUAACAUUUAAUUUAGAAUUUAAUGUAACCUUCAAAAUAUUGUUUAUUAAGGGUUCAGCUCCAAAAAUAAUUGUUUUAGGUAAUUUAGUUGUUUACUGUGCCUGAUUAGACUGGAUUAA